AUGCAUGACUUCAUCAUGGCUGAUGACACAGAGUUGUGGGAUGUAAUCUAUGGUGGACCUUUUGUUCCCAUGAAAACUGUUAGUGAGGGAACAGUUACAAUCCCAAAAAAAAAAAGAAAUGAGUACAACGAUGCUGAUAGAAAGGCUAUUGAGAAGAAUUUCAGAGAAAAAAAGAUUCUUGUUUGUGGAAUCGGACUAGAUGAAUACAACUGCAUCUCAGUUUGUCAGUCUGCUAAGGAGAUCUGGAAAGAUCAUUACAAAACUAACACUGAAAAGGCGGUUAAGAGGAACCAGGUCCCUGACAGAAAGUUCAAAAGAAUAGAUGUUGCUGAUAACAUGGUGAAGCAAGCCCUGGCUGCCUGGGGAGAUUCCUCCAAUGAAUCUGAAGGUGAAGAUGACUAA